AUGUCAACUGUUGCCGCGGAACGGAGCGAUUCGUCUGCAGUCCCAGCCCCAGCCCCAGUCUUCGACGCCGGACGCCAACAGAAAGCAGAUCAAAUCUUACGGGAUGCGGUUAAAGCGACCACGCCGAGGCAUGACUGGACGCGUGAGGAGAUUUCAGCCAUCUUCUACCAGCCCCUGAUGAAGCUGGUUUACCAUGCCGCUACCGUCCACCGACGGUUUCACGACCCAGCUGAGGUCCAACUGUGCACCUUGAUGAAUAUUAAAACCGGCGGCUGCACCGAGGACUGCUCAUACUGUGCGCAAUCGACCCGCUACCAGAAGGGCACCGGUGUGGAAGCCAAGCGGGUAGAGACCGUCGAGGCAGUCCUCGAAGCCGCUCGGAUUGCAAAGGAGAACGGCAGCACGCGCUUCUGCAUGGGUGCAGCAUGGCGGGACAUGCGCGGCCGCAAGAACAGCCUCCGCAAAAUCAAGGAAAUGGUCUCGGGUGUGCGGGCCAUGGGCAUGGAAGUGUGCGUCACGCUCGGCAUGAUCGACGGAGAGCAGGCCAGGGAGCUCAAAGCCGCGGGCCUGACGGCGUACAACCACAACGUCGAUACCUCGCGCGAGUUCUACCCCAGCAUCAUCUCGACCCGUACCUACGACGAGCGGCUCAAAACCCUGGCCCACGUGCGUGACGCCGGAAUCAACGUUUGCUCCGGCGGGAUUCUAGGACUGGGUGAGACAUCCGAGGACCGGAUCGGCCUGCUGCACACCGUCGCAACGCUGCCAAGCCACCCAGAAAGCUUUCCCGUCAACGCGCUGGUGCCCAUCAAAGGAACGCCGCUGGGUGACCGAAAGCCGAUCGAGUUCACCAGCAUGCUGCGCACGAUUGCGGCGGCCCGGAUUAUCAUGCCGGCGACCAUCAUCCGCAUCGCCGCGGGACGUAAGACCAUGGCGGAGGAGCAGCAGGCGCUGUGCUUCAUGGCUGGGGCAAACGCCGUCUUCACAGGCGAGAAGAUGCUGACCACCGAGUGUAACGGCUGGGACGAAGAUGCGGCCAUGUUUGGAAGAUGGGGACUGGAGCCGAUGAAGAGCUUUCAGAAGUCGGCCGCGGCCCCGCAUGGUGUUGAGGAUGUGGAAGAGUAA